AUGGCUACUAGGCCGCGGAAGAGAAGCCAGCCCAUGGACGAGGAUCCUCCUCUCUUUUCCUAUUCAACAGCCUCCGCUUCUGUCCCUACAACUACACCUUCUUCGACGCCUGCCUCUACACCCUCGCCUGGAGACAACAACUCCAACACCAACGUCCAGGAUUCCCAAAUAUGGAGCCCGGUAGGAGACUCCGAGUUCCCAUGGUUCUCUCAUGGAGCCAACACUCCCCGGCAAAGACAGGCCGACUCGGCGGAGGAUUUGGACCUCACGAAUCCCUUCGAGGAUAACGCCGAUGAUGCAGAUCGUCUCGUCCUGGGGAAAAGCCGCAUUCAGGCCGGAACUAUUAUUGAUGGAUACAUCAAGUUCCACAACGGCAAGUCGAGGGCAGCCAACCUACCGCGUCGACAGGCGGCGAUACAACCGUCUGAUCCCCAGGCUCUCCUGUCAGAAUUAUGUUCUCAAACGUUCUUGUUCGAGGCAGGCCUUGAAGACAGUUGUGACAAAAAUCUCUUCCAGUUUUACGUCAAGGCAUGGUGUUCUGGUCGGAGUGUCCUCCACAAAACCAACUGCUGGCUAGUCAACAUUCCCCGAAUAAUGAAGGACAGCUCUUGUGUCAAGCACGCGAUGCUAGCGCUUGCUGGAACAUAUGUCCUCGACUACCAACCCGAAGAGAGCAUUCGACAAGUAGUCAAUGCACACUAUAAACGAGCCGUCCUACUCUUGACGAUGGCUUUGAGAGAGGAGGCUCGGAACCCCAGUCCCACGGAACAUGAGUCAAACAGCCUGAUUGCCGCCGUGACGCUGCUAAACAUGAUCGAUGUUGUGUCCCCAGAGCAACGUCGGCCGCCGAGUGUGGUUCCUCGUUGGCUAGAAGGUGCUCGUCUCGCUUGUCGUUUGCUGGAUAAGUCGGAUCCGGGUCAUCGCUUCUGGGUACCCUCCAACAUUCAGCCUUCCGACAUGCAGAUGGGCAACAUGAUCAUCGCCGCCAGGGCCGCCAUCAUAGCCCUUCCCAUGGCUCCUCUUGAUUCGAAAGACACAGGAGAGCAAUUUUCUUGGCUGUGCCAGGGUACUGAGCCGGAGACUCGCAGGAUACAUGGUGGAUGCGGCAUGUCGCCGAUACUUCUUUCUCGUUUCGCUCAGAUUACACAAUUGGCAGCAUGGUUGUGGGAGGACCCCAGUAGCAACGAUUUCCACAUGAAAUCGAGCAGCAAAACAAUCCGCCAAGAUUUGGGCAGGUUGCAUCAGUGGACACAGCCCGCCGCCGAGUCUCCGUCCUCUUCGGCCACGACGCGAUCAGAUCAAUCUCGAGAUAUAUCAGACAUACGCGCUAUCGAAGAUCGCAUUAAGCGAAACGAUUUCGGCCUUGUGAUGGACGCAGAAUCCAUGACGGAAGUAACGGCUGAAGCAUGGCGUCUAGCAGCCCUCAUCUACCUUCGCUGCCGCCUCGAGAGACUACCUCGUCCUCACCCAGACGUCGUGUCUGAGGUUGACCAGCUGGUGAAAUGCAUAGACAUGAUGCCAACCUAUGGCACCUUCUUCACUGCGCAAGCUCCAUUCUUUCCAGUCUUCCUCCUAGGAAUUGUGGCCACGACAGAGGCACAUAGUCUUUGUGCCCUGAACUGGUUUCAAUCGGUCGUCAGCACCAGUUGUCGCUCGAGUGUGCCCCCUGCUUUCAACUCCCUUCUGCGUAUCCGUCAUUGGAUAACGGCCAAUGUUGAUGACAACAUUCCUUCCGACCUUCCUGACCUCAUUUCAGAGCGACACUCCUGGUGGGAGCCACUCGUGGCGCACAUUAUUUCUACCGAAGGAACUUUGUGUUUGAUCUAG